CUUGCGUUGCGUGGUGGCGUUGUUGGGUUUGGGUUUUCGUUUUCCAGUUGAGUCAUCAUCUUCAAUUAGUCAUAGAACUAGUUUAGUUCUGACUGAGAAUUGAAGAGAUUUUUUUUUCUUUUUUCUUUUUUCUUUUUCUUUUUUUUUCGAGAGAGAGAGAGUUGGAAAGUGGAAAUGGCACAGCUGAGCUUGAUGGCGGCUCAACAAGGACGGGUGAAGUGGGUCUUGUUCUUCACUAAUGGCAAUGGCGAUGGAGUUUCGUUUGGGCUGGAAUUCCCAAAGCACCCUUUUCACUACUACCUCAACUCCAACCCCACCAACGUUAGAAGAAGAAGAAGAAGCAGAAGCAGAUCCUUUUCACUCCAACCCCCUAAUAAUCUGCUCCUCAGAUUCUCUUCUUCUUCUUCUUCUUCCUCCUCCUCCUCGAGAAUUCACUCCUCCUCCUCUUCUUCUUCUUCUUCGAAUAAUAAUAGCAGUUAUUCGGAUGACGAGGAGGAGGAGGAGGAGUUUGAGAUGGACGAGUUGUCUUGUUUCAGAGGUCUUGUUCUCGAUAUCUCCUACAGGCCAAUUAAUGUGGUGUGCUGGAAGCGUGCUAUUUGUUUGGAAUUCAUGGAGAAGGCUGAUGUGCUUGAAUAUUAUGAUCAGACUGUAAAUUCCGCAACCGGAUCUUUCUACAUACCAGCUGUCUUAAGGGUUCCGCAUUUACUGCAAGUCGUUAAGAGAAGAAGGAUAAAGAGCAAUCUCAGUCGUAAAAACAUUCUCUACAGGGACUCUUAUACCUGUCAGUACUGUUCGUCGCGCGACAACUUGACUAUCGAUCAUGUUUAUCCAGCCGCACGUGGUGGAGAAUGGAAAUGGGAGAAUCUGGUUACUGCUUGUGCAAAGUGCAACUCAAAGAAAGGUCAAAAAACAUUAGAGGAGGCUAACAUGAAGCUCAGUAAGCUCCCCAAGGCCCCGAAAGACUACGACAUACUUGCGAUACCACUUACAACUGCAGCAAUCAAAAUGCUGAAAAUGAGGCGGGGAACUCCUGAAGAAUGGCGUCAAUAUCUAGCAUAGCCUUCAACUUAAUGUACUCUGUUAAUGUGGCACUUGUACAUUUCCUGUGCUUUGUACCAGCUCUCUGAUAAUAAUUCAUUGCAGAAACAUAUCUAAGAGUUGCAUGGCUUAUAAAAAAAAAAAAAAAAACCACAUAUUUGACCA